AUGUCGAGAUUUCUUCGGCAGUCGAGCCAGCUCGCGCGGCUCGCGCGCCUCUCCCAGCACUCGGCCCUGCAGCGGAGCCUGGGAGCGCCGCGAGCGACCCGGUCACUUGCCCUGCGCGUCUGCGCGACCCCGUACGGGCCUCGGCCGAGACACUUUUCCUCGAAGCCGCCGCAGCCGGACGAGGACGCCAAGUCCAACAAGGACAACUCGGACAAGCCGACGAACAAGAAUGAAUCCGAGAACAAGCCCGCCGGUGAGGAAGGCAAGUCCGAGGCGCCGAAAGCGCCGCUGCCGCCCUUGCCCGAGGGCUGGGUACGCCUGACAAAGGAGGAGAUUGCGCAACUGGAGGGCUUCAAGAAUCUCCUGCCCGAGGGCCAGAAGCAGACGAUGACGGACAUUCUCAAGGGCCUCGAGCAGACCGGCGCGCCGGGAGAGGUCCGCGACCUGCUCCAGAAGAUGCGCCAGGGUCCGGGGAACCUGUCCAUCCUCGACAAGGGGAGGCUGAUGCGAUCGGUCUUUAUGAUGGCCGAGCGGCUGGCCGAGUGGGAGGUGGAACAGCAGCAAAAGGGAAACCGCAUGUUCGACCAAAACGACCCCGACAGACACACCCAAAAGGACGAGCAGCCCAAGGGCCAAGACGAGGGCCACGCGCGCGACAAGCGGGACGAACACCGAUCGCACACCACCGGGCCGGGACAAGGGCCGCCAAAGAAGGAGAGGAAUACCUGGAUGGACGCCCUGCAGACUGGUCUUGUUCUGGGUGUGACCCUCUGGGCCGCCGAGUCGCUCAGCCGGCCAUUCUCUGAGAAGGAGAUUACCUGGCAGGAGAUGAGGCGGGCAUUCCUCGACAAGGGGCUCGUCCAGAAGCUCGUUGUCAUCAACGGGUCCCAGGUCCGCGUUGAGCUGCACCCCGACGCCUCUCAGGCCACUACCGAGAACGGCGGCCGCCGCACCUACGUCUUUUCUAUCGGCUCCGUCGAGUCGUUUGAGAAGAAGCUCGAGGAGGCGCAGGACCAGCUCGGCAUCCCUCAGUCGGAGCGGAUACCCGUCAGCUACGAGGCCGGCGGCAGCACCAUGGGCAAUGUUCUUUUGGCCUUUGGCCCUACUCUGCUCUUCAUCGGCCUGAUCCUCUGGACCCAGCGCUCCAUGAGCGGCCGCGCCGGCGGCGGCGGCAUGUUCAACUUUGGCAAGAGCAAGGCCAAGAAAUUCAACGCCGAGAGCGCCGUAAAGGUCAAGUUUGCCGACGUCGCCGGCCUGGAGGAGGCCAAGACGGAGAUUAUGGAGUUUGUGAGCUUCCUGAAGCAGCCCGAGAAGUUUGAGAAGCUGGGUGCCAAGAUUCCUCGCGGCGCCAUCCUCGCGGGUCCCCCCGGUACGGGUAAGACGCUCCUCGCCAAGGCCACGGCCGGCGAGUCCGGCGUCCCCUUUUUCAGCGUCAGCGGCUCCGAGUUUGUCGAGAUGUUUGUCGGUGUCGGUCCGUCCCGAGUGCGCGACCUCUUUGCCGAGGGCCGCAAGAACGCGCCGUGCAUCAUCUUCAUCGACGAGAUUGACGCCAUCGGCCGUGCGCGCAUGGACAGCGGCCGGGGAUUCGGCGGUAACGACGAGCGCGAGGCGACCCUUAACCAGAUCCUUACCGAGAUGGACGGCUUCAACACGAGGGAGCAGGUUGUCGUGCUGGCUGGCACCAACCGCGCCGACAUUCUCGACAAGGCCCUGAUGCGACCCGGGCGAUUCGACAGGCACAUUUACAUUGACCGGCCGACGAUGAAUGGGCGCAAGGAGAUUUUCAAGGUCUACCUUAACAAGAUUGUCACGAAGGAGGACCAGGAGUACCUGGUUGGACGGCUCGCCACCCUCACGCCUGGCUUCUCGGGCGCCGACAUUGCCAACGUGGUCAAUGAGGCAGCCCUCAUCGCCGCACGAGGCAACGCCGAGGACGUCAAGAUGGAGCACUUUGAGCGCGCCAUCGAGCGCGUGAUUGGUGGCCUGGAGCGCAAGUCGCUCGUGCUCAAGCCGGAGGAGAAGAAGACGGUGGCGUACCACGAGGCGGGACACGCCAUCUGCGGCUGGUUCCUGCGCCACGCCGACCCGCUGCUCAAGGUGUCCAUCAUCCCCCGCGGCCAGGGCGCGCUGGGCUACGCGCAGUACCUGCCGCAGGACGCGUACCUGAUGAACACGAACCAGCUCAUGGACCGCAUGGCCAUGACCAUGGGCGGGCGCGUGUCGGAGGAGCUGCACUUUCCCACGGUGACGACGGGCGCCAGCGACGACUUCAAGAAGGUGUCGCAGAUGGCACGCAACAUGGUGACGCAGUGGGGCAUGUCGGAAAAGGUCGGGCCAGUGCACUUUGAGCAGGACCCGAACCGGAUGCAGAAGCCAUUCGCGGAGGCGACGGCGCAGCAGAUCGACCAGGAGGUGCACCGCAUCGUCGAGGAGGCGUACCAGAAGUGCCGCGACCUGCUGACGGAGAAGAAGCGCGAGGUGGGCCUUAUUGCGGAGGAGCUCCUGAAGAAGGAGGUGCUGGUGCGGGACGACAUGGUCCGAAUCCUUGGCAAGCGGCCGUUUGACGAUAACGAGGACUUUGAAAAGUUCUUUGGCGGAGGCAAGGAGGAGAGCGCGCCGCCGCCGUUUCCCUCGGAGGAGACGGACACGCCCAAGGAGCCGCCGACGCCCGCGCCGGCCUUUCGGGCCAGGUGA